AUGACGGAACGCAUCCUCAUGAACGAGUUUCGAGCGCUGUCGCGUGAGAAGUGGUUAAAUGUCGAGCUACACAAGGAGAACAUCUACCAAUGGGAUGUUGGGCUCCUCGUCCUGAACCAGGACUCCCUUUAUCACGGCGGCUAUUUCAAAGCCCGCAUGACGUUCCCUGACAACUACCCAUACUCGCCUCCUGGGUUUCGCUUCCUUCUACCUCUCUACCACCCCAAUAUUUACACAGACGGCAGAGUGUGCAUCUCCAUUCUGCACCCGCCCGGGGAUGAUGAAAUGUCUGGCGAGCUGGCUGCCGAGCGUUGGUCUCCUGCUCAGCGAGUAGAGUCGGUCCUGAUAUCCAUCCUCUCCCUCUUGGAUGACGCCGAAGUGUCUUCCCCUGCCAAUGUCGACGCAGCGGUGAUGUUGCGGCAACAUCCAGAAGAGUACCGUGCAAUGGUCAAAGCGAAUGUUGAAGCCUCCAAAGCGAUGACCCCGCCUGAUUUCAAGAUGCCAAGCGAGGAAACAAGUCAGGUGGAAAUGGACAAGGAGGACGCCGACUUCUGGGCCGACUCCGAUGAGGACAGUGACCCAUUCGGUGGCAGUGAUUCCGAGGGGGAUUCUGAUGGGGAUCAGCUUACUGCCAGUGAUAUGGACGAUGCGGACGAGGAUGAGGACAGAGAUCUAGAGAAGAGUUCGUGA